AUGACGCACAACCUCGAGCAAUGUGUCAAGCUCGUGGCAAGAGCCGCAGCAGCUGGUGCGAAGGUCUUGUUCCUCCCGGAGGCUUCCGAUUACAUCGCAAGCUCCAGCACCGAAUCUCUCUCGCUUGCUAAACCAGUGUCAUCGUCCCCCUUCGUGACCGGUCUUCAGUCUGCGGCAGCGAAGCACUCACUCGCCGUACAUGUCGGGAUUCACGUCCCAGUGACGGUGAAACCUGCCAGCUCAUCCACCAGCAACCCCGUUCUGACCGCGAUCGCCCAAUCGGACUCCUCCUCGGGAGCCUCGGCAACGAAGCUUUACAACCGAACCAUUUGGAUCAACGACGAUGGUUCUAUCAACGAGAAGGCCAACUACGAUAAACUGCACCUCUUUGACUACGCCUCAUUGCGUGAGUCCAAUACAACUCAAGCAGGAGUCAAAUUCACGGCCCCAUUUGCAUCACCUGUAGGGCGGGUAGGCAGCCUAAUUUGCUUUGAUCUGCGGUUCCCUGAAGCAGCAUUACAUUUAGCAAAGCCAUUACCGUCCUCUGAGUUUGCGAACAGCCCUGCGCAGGUUCUUCUCUAUCCAUCGGCUUUCACAGUUCCCACGGGGCGAGCGCACUGGGAGGUCUUACUCAGAUCCAGAGCGAUUGAAACCCAGAGCUGGGUCAUUGCGUCCGCACAAGUUGGAAGGCACGGAGAUGGUGCAAAGAGAGUCAGCUACGGGAAAAGCCUAGUUGUAGAUCCGUGGGGGAAAGUUGUGCUGGAGCUCAAGGGAGUCAAGGGUGAGAAGGACACCGAGUGGGAGGCAGAAGACGGAGCUGUCGGUGAGUUGGGUCUGAUCGAUAUUGACUUGGAGCAUUGGGAUGGGGUUAGGGAGAAAAUGCCACUCAUUCGAAGGACGGACGUAUACUCCGAAGUCUAA